AUGACCCAGUUCUGCAACCCGUUGCUUAACCGCGCCAUGCCGUCGCAAAAGACCUCGUCCGAGGUCUGCCCGCUGCCCGCGAACCUGGGCGCGCAGCUCAGCGGCUUCGCGGCGGAGGGCGUCGCGGUCGGCGUCGCGGACCUCGGCCUCCUGGCGGAGCAGGCGCAGGUCGGCGUCGGCGCGGAGGAACUGCUGGUUCAGGUCGCUGUGCUUGGCCUGCCAGAAGACGGCCGUCUCGCUCUCGUUCUGCGAGAGCUUGUCGAGCUCGCGCGUGAACUCGCGCUCCAUGAUCUCGAGCUCCCGCUCCAGGUGCGCUAUCCGCGCGUCCUUGUCCUUGGCGCCGCUGCCGCUGCUGGAUGUGCUGCCUGCGCCGGCGGAGGCCUCCUUUUGCCUCGACUCCUUGUCUUUGGCAUCUUUGCUACUGCUCGACGGUGCGGCGGCGGCAGCAUCUUCGGGGUUGGGAUUCGCGGAGGAGCUCGCGGGGGCGUGGUGUGCGCGGGGAGGCGGAGCGAUGAUAUUCGCGGCGCUGCUGCUGCGCGGAGCUUCUCUCUCGUGAACUAG